GGAAACCCGGUAAAAUACUCAAAUUGAGAUCCAAUCGUAGCUUCUGAAAUCGAAUAGCUUUUCUCAUUCCCUUUCAGCAUCUUGCAAGUUUCAACACGCUGAUUUUCUUCUCCGUCAUAGUCACCGCAAUUUCAACAUUAUACUUUCAGCAUCUUGGAUUCAAUGGCUACCGUGAGAAGCCUGAAAAUCAAGACGAGUACCUGCAAACGAAUUGUGAAGGAGCUGCAUUCUUAUGAGAAAGAAGUUGAGAGAGAAGCUGCCAAAACAGCUGAUAUGAAGGACAAAGGAGCUGACCCUUAUGAUCUCAAGCAGCAGGAAAAUGUGUUGGCUGAGUCUAGGAUGAUGAUUCCUGACUGCCGCAAGCGUCUGGAGGCCGCUUUGGAGGACUUGAAAGGAAUUUUGGCUGAGUUCUUGGAGGAGACAGAUGAAAAGGAAAGCCCUGAAAUUGACGAAGCUCGAAACACCAUUGCAGAAGUUGAAAAGGUAUUUGAAACAACAGAAGCUUAGCUGGGCAGUUUCACUAAUGUCUUUGGCAGAGGAUAUUGUGUCUGUAUUAAUAUAGAUUCUCCUUGAUCUUCAAUAUUUGAUCCAUGGUGAGAAAGGUUAUGAAACUUGUGACAUGUAAUCAUAUAUAGUUAAUGUUCUCGUGGAAUCUGGAAAUGACAUCAAUUUACUUUAUGAAGCUUGAUAACA